AUGGAGGCGCUGCUGCGGCGGGAGCUGGGCUACGGCUUCGUCAAGGCCGCGGGCCACGCCGGGGGCGGGUGCAUCAGCCAGGGACAGAGCUACGACACGGACCGAGGACGGGUGUUUAUGAAAGUGAACCCCAGGGCGGAGGCCCGGAGGAUGUUUGAGGGCGAGAUGGCGAGUCUAACUGCCAUCCUGAAGACACACACGGUGAGGGUGCCCAAGCCCAUCAAGGUUCUCGACUCCCCUGGGGGCGGGAGUAUGCUUGUGAUGGAGCACCUGGACAUGCGCUACCUGAGCAGUCACGCUGCGACGCUUGGAGCCCAGCUGGCAGACCUACACCUGGAGAACAGGAAGCUUGGAGAGAGUCUCCGGCAGGAGGACAGAACAGUGGGGCGAGGAGGCGGGCAGGCGGAACGGGCCUUCGUGGACCAGUUUGGCUUUGAGGUGGUGACCUGCUGCGGAUACCUCCCCCAGGUGAACGACUGGCAGCAGGACUGGGUCGCGUUCUUCGCCCAGCAGCGCAUCCAGCCUCAGAUGGAUAUGGUGGAGAAGGCGUCUGGGGACAGGGAGGCCCGCGAGCUCUGGUCUGCUCUGCAGUUGAAGAUCCCUGAGCUGUUCCAUGGUCUGGAGAUCGUCCCUGCCCUGCUCCACGGAGACCUCUGGGGAGGCAACGUAGCCGAGGACUCCUCUGGGCCCAUCAUUUUCGAUCCGGCAUCUUUCUAUGGCCACUCAGAAUACGAGCUGGCGAUCGCUGGCAUGUUUGGGGGCUUCAGCAGCUCCUUUUACUCUGCCUACCACAGCAAAAUCCCCAAAGCCCUGGGAUUCGAGAAGCGCCUUCAGCUGUAUCAGCUCUUCCACUACCUGAACCACUGGAAUCAUUUUGGAUCAGGGUAUAGAGGGUCUUCGCUGAGCAUCAUGAGGAAUCUCCUCAAGUGAACGUGCUCUCCCCUGGGAGUGGCUCUGAGGAGUGGGCUCGGGGACGGCGUGUAGAUGCAUCUGUGUCUAACUAGGUGCUUGUUCUCCGUGUCCUCGUCCCUAACUCUUGCCCCGUUUUCUCAUACAGCUGGAAUAGCUUCAGACCAACUCCGUAGAUUAUUUGAAGCCUUGUCGACUCAUGUCUCUGAAAAGGUUUUUUGUCAUCCUAACGUUGUCCAUUUUGCUAGAUUCCAUGGCUAGAUAAAACCACACUAGAAAUAUGGUGUGAACCGAGAGGUCCAUGAAAGGCAGGCAGCGUUGAGCCCUGCUGGAUGCCCCGGAGGUAAAGGCGGGAAGGGCUUGUGUGUGGCCCUGGGGUGGGGGGCAGCCCCCUCCGCUGUGUCCCGAGGCCCCUGGCGUCCUCCCUGCGCUUGGGCCAACCGUGUUCCGAGUUGUUGGUGAUGCUGCUGCUUGUGUUUCUCCUUUAAUGGGUAAGAUUUGGGUCUGGACAUUAAGUCACCUCACUUCUAGAAGCUUCUUAAAACGACCAGUUCCAAACUUUACAUUCCCUUGGCUCUGAGGAUUACCUCGGGAGGCUGCUGCAGAUUGAGCCUGGAAACUGAUUUGGGCAGUCAGCUCAGUUUCGGACCAGGGGCUCCUGGGCCCUCUUUUCUAGAUUUUCUAGUGCUUGGCAUGCUGCCCUCCUGCUGCAGCUGAGGAGUGAGAGCUGAACCGAGGAGUCCCCUCCUCCAGCUUUGCAGCCAUGAGGGUUCACAGAGGCACCAAUGCUAACUAAUGCUUUUGCAUAGAGAUUCAAAUAAAAUUCCGGUGGUUCCAGUGA